AAGAAGCACGUUUAGCAGAAGAGAAACGCAAGGAGGAAGAAAGACUUGCAGAAGAAGCACAUAAGGCUGAAGAAGCACGUUUAGCAGAAGAAGCACGUUUAGCAGAAGAGAAACGCAAGGAGGAAGAAAGACUUGCAGAAGAAGCACAUAAGGCUGAAGAAGCACGUUUAGCAGAAGAAGCACGUUUAGCAGAAGAGAAACGCAAGGAGGAAGAAAGACUUGCAGAAGAAGCACGCAAAGCAGAAGAAAAACGCAAAGAAGAGGAAAGGCUUGCCGAAGAAGCUCUAUUGGUCGAAGAGAAGCGCAAAGAAGAACAACGUAAAGAAGAAGAAAGACUUGCUGAAGAAGCUCGUUUAGAAGAAGAGAAGCGUGAAGAGGAAGAAAGAAUUGCCGAAGAAAAGCGUAAAGAAGACAAACUUAAGGCUGAGGAAGCUCGUAAAGAAGAAGAAAGACUUAAUGAAGAAAAACGCAGAGAAGAAGAGAAGGUUCGAUUGGCUGAAGAAGAGAGACUCAAAAAUGAACGUAAGGUUGAGGAGGAAAAACGCAAAGCUACUGAAGCCAAGUUAGAAGUACAGCGCAAAUCUGAGGAAGAAGCUAGACUAGAAGAAGAACACAAAGAAAACGAAGCCAAGUUGCAGCAACAUGCUCGCUCAAUUGAAAAAGAAUUAGACAUUGAAGCAACUCCAUUGACUGAGUCAAAAGAAAAGAAUGAGUUGCCUCAAGAGACAAGCAAGCAAGAGAAUGUUCUUGUUUCUAACGUGCCUGUAGCUUCUCUUGACGAAAAGCCACAAAACAUUGAACGGACAGUUGCUGACCAGAAUGAAUCUUUAAUUACUGAAGAAGCAAAAGAUUUCGAAGAAAAAGAACAAACAAGUAACGAGGUAGCACGAAAUAAGCAAAAGGGUACUCAUGAAACAACAAACAACCCUUUUGCCAACUUGGGUACCUUGAAAGCAGAGGAAAGUGAUGCAGAUGACGACUUUUUUGAUGCAGUUGAUUCUAUUUCUAGAAGCGUCCCUACAUCAAAGAAGACUGAAACAACGGUAACUCCUUCUGCAGAAGACAAUGAAUUUGUAAUUAUUGAUCACCCCGCAAGUAAAAAUGUCAGUUCGAUAACAACGCAACCUAAUGUGGCCUCUACAGGCUUCCCUUUGGCAGAGCAAGUUUCGAAAAGUAAUGAACACAAGUUCGCGGACAUCAGUAAUCAACCUGUUUCAGAAGAAAGAACCCCUUCUUUUGAUCAACAACAUAGACAACACGAAGAAGAAGAUCCCGUUUUUAUUAGCUCAGUAUCUGGUUCUGAAGUAUCCGAUCGGUUUACUUCUAGCACCAACAGUAGUACGCAUCGUGUAGCUCCACCACCUCCACCACAGUCGUACCAAGGUAAUCCAGGUAGUACAGGCACAACACAGACACCUAAGGUUUAUGCAAAAAAACCACCUGCACCACCACCACAACCUCGAGGUAGUAACACUACAUUGGAGAAGCGCGAGCCACAGGACUUUGAUGCUAUUUUUGGUGAUCCAAGCUUAAGGCAACAACAACAACAACAAGAUGAAGAAGAUUUUGAUGCAUACUUCUCAGAUACUAAAUUUUCAUCCACCAGCAACGGAGAAAAGCCAAAAGUAGAAAACAAUGCGACUGCCAGUGAUGUGACACCAACAACAUUCGCUGCUGCUACUUCUUCAACUCUAUUAGGCCAAACUUCGGGACCUGCUCCUUCUGCCCAAUCAGAUCUGGAUAAAGCGUUUGGUGCUCCUGUACCAAAUAAUCAAAACAACAAGGUCCCUCAAGGUUUUGAGGACUCAUUCAGUCAGUUGCCUAUUACGAAGAAUGAAGAAGGAGUAAGCAAUACAAAUAGAGGAGGCGCUGAAGACAAUUUUAAACUUUCAUCUUCAUCUAUCAUCGCAGCGCCUGCGAUCAACAAGAAAGAAGGAGAGAGUGGCAUUUCUGAAGAUGGUAAA